UUAACAGCGAUUAGCAAGGUGUACAAACCGUAGGGCCGUGCAGAAGUCAUACAGUCGUCCUGUGUACAAGACGCUGGGGGCAAAACACCACAAAAAACAACGCGCUAUGGCAGACUGCAAGUUUCAGGCUGGAGUUAAACACAACUUGAUUAACCAAAAUAUUAAAUUUGAAGAUAUAAUAGAAGAACUUGGAAGUUUUGGAAAGUUCCAAAUACGAAUGAACAUUAUCUUCAAUGUCAUCGCAGUAAUAUUUUCAACAAUGUCUUCAUACGCCAGGAUAAUUGCUCUGACGGUACCUGAACACUGGUGCCAUGUCCCAGGAAGGGAAGGUACAAAUUUAACUGCGGAAAUGUGGAAGAAUGUUACAAUACCAAGACAAGACGGAGAGUACAGUCGAUGCCUGAUGAAGACCCAAGGGGAAGAGAACGAAACUACACACUGCUUGUAUGGCUGGGACUACGACACCACGUGGCUGUCCCUUACUGCCGCUUCCCAGGAGGACUGGGUGUGCGAUAAGGAACUGUACCCAAAUACCGUGUAUUCCGUGAGCCUCUUCGUUUCCACCGCCAUUGGAGUUACUCUCUUUUACAUUGGUGACAGAUUUGGACGAAGGAUACAGUACCUGGUAGGCCUGAGUGCGACGUCGUUGUCCCAGAUACUGCUCCCCUUAUCAGCUUCUGUGUUUCCGCUCUACAUUGUACUUUCCGCAGUCUCUGAGGGUGCACAUUUGCCUAUGGCGGAAGCAACCAUGGCGACCGGAGUGGAAUUGGCCAGUAUCAAACACCGUUCAUCUGUCAACUUUUUGGGCUUCUUUUCUUACUGCCUUGGUGUAAUUGCCAUGGCUUUGGUAGCUUGGUUUGUCAAGAACUGGGUGCAUUUUACACUGAUUGCCGCUGUACCAUGUUUCAUUCCACUGUUGCUUCAAAAGUACCUGCCUGAGUCGCCACGAUGGCUGAUAAAUAAAGGACACACAGAAGACGCUUGCGAGGUCCUGGAACGUAUAGCGCGCACAAACGGAAAAACUUUGUCUCCUGAUAUCACGAAAAAAAUUGAUACUCUUUGUCAACAAAGAACUUCGAAAAUGGGCUUUACAAUCAUCAUAACCAACAAAAAACUACUGAAAAAUACGAUUUUACUUGUGCUCAAUAGGUCAGCUGCUUCGUUUACUGUUUUUACCCUACUUUUCAGCAACAGUAAUUUCGGAGUGAAUCCAUUUGUUGCAUUCAUAGGAAAAGGAUCACUGCAACUAGUUGCAUUGUACGCGGGUCACGUUGUCGGAAACAAGUUCGGGAGACGGGUAACUCAAUGUUUGGUGCUAAUGUCUACUGGUUUCUUCUGCAUCAUUCUCGUAUUCUUAACCACAGGACAUGCAACCCAGUGGAUCAUAACUACAUUUUCGCUGAUGCUACUGUUUUGCUGCGAGUGUUCGUAUUCACUCUCAAACCUGCAGAGCUUGGAAUUACAUCCAACAAGUAUACGACAAAUAGGAAUCGCAAUUGAGUACGUCUUCGUUCAGUGCACUCUGACUGCUGCACCUCAUCUUGCUCACUUGGGGAAGACUUCCGGAAUGCAUAUCGUAUUCAGCGUGCUUGCAGCUGUGACACUGAUUAUGUCGGCUUUAAUGUCUUUUGUGCCGGAGUCAUUUAACGAGAAGCUCCCGGAGACAAAAAACGAUAUUUCACUCCUAGGAAAGAAUCAGAAGUACUGGAGUCUUCCUACCAGAAAGUAAAGGGGAUCGAGAAAAUAUUGCUGAGCAGAACUGGAGCUGUGGACAUGAUCCUGCAAAAGUCUGGAGAAACGUAAUACUGUGACGAGAAAAAUAUAUAGGCGGUGUUCUUUAUUCUAACAGAAAUGAAAGCAAUUCCUUCCUGAAAUAAUGAUACGACCAUGAUUCAAGUGGUAUGAUGGUAACGUGGUGAGGGAGACAGUUACUUCUACAAAUGAAACAGAUAUAUAAAUCGAACACCUACAAGACAAACAAAUCGAUUCUACCAGCUUAAAGAUAGUAAAACAUGCAAACUAUAAUGUUUAUGAAAUAACCUCAAUUUUUGUUCAUGAUACAUUAUUACCCUUA